CUUGGAUACAAAAUACGUGAAAUUCAACUUAAGUUGUUGCAACUUUCAGCUCUGCUCAGAAUUCAUAUCAAAUUUUCUUGACCCUUUGAGACGACUGCCAACACAGGUCUCUUGCUUUAAAAAGGCUAACUCGAAUUAUUACAUACUUCUCUGUCAUGUCUAACAAUCUUCAGUCCCGUCUUGGCUCGAAGGCACAUGCAGUCUUCGGUGCCGCUGUCUUUCUUGUCGCUAUCUUGGCUUUCUUGGUGAUCGAUACAUACCACCGUGCGCGCCGCAUCUAUCGAGGUGUGACUUCUCACAAUAACCUUCGAAACAUGAUUUUCCGAAUCGCCUCUGGAUGUCAGCCCUAUCAUCAGUUUGCCGAUCGAGACGAGACCGGCCACGGCUACUACUACCACUGGCGUGUUGGAACGAUGCUGCGCGUUCAUCUGGAGGACACAGUAACGAUUGGCCUCUAUUUCUUUCUUUUCUUUAUUAUUUGCCUGCUUUUCGGUGUCUGGGUGGUCCAGUAUUGGACCGCUAGGUGGUUGUUUGGUUGAAGUGUCUAUCCCCAACGCCCCUGAAAUUCUGUGUUUACUACUUGAUUUGUAUUGGCACGCGAACUCGUUCAUAUUGCAUGGACGUUGGAUACUUAAGCAAGUAGUGGUGCUGCUAUCAACAUGGAUAACCGCGAAUAAGGUCGUGUUCUUGGUAUGCGAAGAAGAGGUAGUUGCACUCGGCAUGGCAUAGGUGUUGAUGUGUACAGUAAGAAGUCUGGC